UGUGAAACAUCGGAAAUAAACGACGCAAGCCGUAUGAUAAACAAACGUUGGUCUCACUCUCAUGUCAAACUCAUCUCUUCACCUUCUUUUAAUUGUUACCGAUUACCCGUUUCGCAACUGGGUCUCCCGCAUAUAUCAAGUUUGAGAUCAAGAGAGUUUUUCCGGCCAUUUUAGAAGAUUACAAAGCGGGAAAAUGGUGAAGCUGACUCCAGAAUUAAUCCAGCAAUCGGUGCAACACAUCAACCCAGUUCGCGACCGAGAGCUCAUAUUGAGAGGAUACAAGAUUCCCGUUAUUGAAAACUUGGGAGCCACACUUGACCAAUUCGAUUCUUUUGACCUAAGCGACAAUGACAUAAGAAAGCUUGAUGGUUUCCCCCUUUUGAGGAGGCUUAAAACUUUACAUCUCAACAACAACAGAAUUGUGCGUAUCUCAGAUACACUGGCGGAGUCAAUUCCUAAUUUGCAGUUUCUGUACCUUACAAAUAAUUUAAUCCAAGAGUUGGCUGAUUUGGAUAACUUAGCAUCUCUGAAAAAAUUAGAGUAUGUUUCGCUGUUGGGAAACCCUGUUACAACCAGGGAUCAUUAUCGCUUGUAUGUUAUCAACAAGCUUCCUCAGGUCAGAGUUCUUGACUUCCGGAGAGUAAGAGAGCGAGAGAGGGAGAUGGCAAAGAAAUUGUUUAAGAGCAAACUUGGAAAAGAAAUACAGAAAGAAGCCAAAAAGGCCAGAACUUUUGUUCCUGGUGCUGGAGGCAUGAUGGAUACUCGACCUGCUUUGGCUCAAAUGAGUGCCGAAGAUCAAGCAGCCAUUCGACAGGCAAUCUCUAAUGCAAGGUCAAUGGAAGAAGUGGAAAGGUUACAGCACAUGCUCCGUACAGGCAAUAUUCCUGGUCGAACACAGGCAGUAAAGCAUAAAUUGGAUGAGGAAGAAAGAUAACCCACUUGUUUGAGAAUCAAAUCUUUCAGUUGCUUUCUUUGAUGAACAUGUGGUAAGUCUAAAGUUUUUGUAAUGAAAAUAAAUGAGGUACUGCAAUAUGGGUACAGCCUUGAUAACCUUACCUUUUGGUAAGAACAGAUACUAUUACACAAUUCUCUCCAGAUGUUCACCUCUAAAUGUUGUGAGGAUGACAUUUUGUAUUAUUCUGUUUAUGGAAUAAGAAACAUACAUUUAAUGCCAAUUAUAUCUUGAGCUACAAAAGAAAAUUUUGGAAAUAAAUUUAUUCUAAAACAGCCAUUGGGUCGAGAAGUAAUGUAAUCUAAUUUCACAAUUAUUUUAUGAAUUAUAUAAAAAAGCAAAGUAAAAGUUUCUUGUAAUUAUUUUUGGUUUGAAUGCCCCAAUCAAUUAAACCAAAGCAGUCA